UUCAUCCUCUCAUUGUCUUCUGACUCGUCAGGCUCCCAGUCACACCGAGCCGCUGAAUCUGCCUCCAAACACUCUGGCGCAGACUGCGCUCCGACGCCGCCUCCUGUUGAGUUUUCGUCCCCCGGCGCGUUAAAAGGCGCAGUUGGCGAUAAAAGCAGAAGCGCACAGCUGAAUGUGAAGCGGGCUGGGUGGCGGCUCUCUGCAUCACCCCCAUGUCCUCUCUGAGUCUUCCCUCAUUGGACACUUUGCUCCGCUGAGCAGGAACACCUGUAUGUACGAUGCGCGCAAACUACCGCGGUGCGCCAUCUCCUCUCCGGAUGCGCUGACCGAGACCCGGAUGGGUGCAAACUUCCCCUCUGGUCCAAACUUCCCGGUAUGAUCGCUUCCAACGCGAGCCUGAGCUGUGCGCGGUGUCCCGGGGAAGCGACGACGGAGGCGAGCGGAGCGGUUCCGGGCUCAGUGCCGGCGCCCUCCCUGAGUCCGACUGGGCACCUGGUGGUGGCGGUGUGCCUGGGCUGCAUCGGCACGCUGGGCUUCCUCAGUAACUUCCUGGUGCUGGCGCUGUUCUGCCGGUACCGGGCUUUGCGCACGCCCAUGAACCUGCUGCUGGUGAGCAUCUCGGUGAGCGACCUGCUGGUCAGCGUGCUGGGGACCCCGUUCAGCUUCGCGGCCAGCACCCAGGGGCGGUGGCUGAUCGGACGCGCUGGAUGCGUUUGGUACGGCUUCAUCAACGCGUGUCUGGGCAUCGUCUCCCUGAUCUCCCUGGCCGUUCUGUCGUAUGAGCGUUACUGCACCAUGAUGACGCCCACCAUGGCGGACGGCAGGGACUUCCGGCCGGCGCUGGCAGGGAUCUGCUUCUCCUGGCUGUACUCCGUGGCCUGGACGGUGCCUCCGCUGCUGGGCUGGAGCCGCUACGGCCCCGAGGGGCCCGGCACCACCUGCUCUGUUGACUGGAAGACCCAAACUCCAAACAACAUCUCCUACAUCAUCAGCCUUUUCACCUUCUGCCUUGCCUUGCCGUUCGCCGUCAUAGUCUACUCCUACGGGAAGCUGCUGCUCACAAUCAGACAGGUGCGCAGAGUGAGCUCAGUGGUGACGCGGCGCAGAGAGCAGCGCGUUCUGGUGAUGGUCGUCAUCAUGGUGGUCUGCUACCUGGUCUGCUGGCUGCCGUACGGCGUGGCCGCUCUGCUCGCCACCUUCGGCCCCAGAGACCUCCUGACGCCGGCGGCCAGCGUCACGCCGUCGCUGCUGGCCAAGUUUUCCACUGUGGUCAACCCUUUUAUUUACAUAUUCAUGAACAAACAGUUUCACAGAUGUUUCCGGGCCUUCUUCUCCUGCUCCGUUCCAGAAUCAGGCUCCACCUUAAAGACAUUUUCCCGGCUGACCAAGACGUUCCGCUCUGCACGUCCGGAGAGGAACCACCAGGUGACGGCGCCCGCCCCGUCCACGGCGCCCCCAACGCCGGUCCGCGGGUUGUCGGCGAACAGCGGCUGCUCUGCUGCAGAACCCCCGUCUGCUGCCGGACCCAAAACCAAAGUGAUUCUGGUGGCUCACUACAGGGAAUAAAGAGACGCAGAAUAAAGGGAGCAGGUCUCCAAAAAGACAAAGCAUCUUUAUUAGCAGAACCGAACAUGCAGAACCGUUUAAUCCAGGUGAAACGCUCUGCAAUCCGAGAACAAACACUCUCUGAAGCUUUGUGUACAAAGCAGACUGAAGAUGUGAGAUUAGGGCUACACACAGUGCUUUGUGUUGACAUUACACACCUUUCCCUUCUGGAUUUACAAACCGAGUCCUAUUCAGUGGAACACCUAAUGCUUAACACAGAGGAGAGCGGAGGGAUUCUUCCUGGAUUCACAUCUAAAUGUCUCUGAUGUUGGUUUGUUUUGGCAGCUGUUUGUUGUUUUAGUUCACCUUGUAGAAAUGAUGCAGGUAAAUUAAGUGAGGAUGACUUGUUUUUAUCGUCCUUAGAUAUUUGGGCUUUCAAAUGUUUUUGCCUAGAUUUACAGAAGCUGCUUGUGACAUCAUUCAGUAACCCAAUAAUUAGCCUUCAUAAGGACUUUAUUUAGAUUUCACAUUUUGUCAUGUUGCACCACAAAUUUCAGAUAUUUUAAAUAGAUUUCAUGUUUCUGACCGACACAAAGUUACACACAAAGAGGGUGGAGGAAACAGGUUCAUGGUUUAAAGUUUUGAAGAAAUACAAACCCCAAAUGUUAGUUUUUCUUCAGUUACCUCUACUCUGACAUCUACGGAAGGCAAUUAGGGCCACUGAAGAAGGAAAAGAAAAAUAAUUAAUCCAAACAUUUUAUGGAACAACUGCAAAAUUAUCAACAUGCUGAGGCAUCCCAGCAUUUUCAAACGUGUUGGAGGCAUAUAAGAUCCAAAUAAGUUAAAUUUGCAAAAUAAAUUAAGGUUUAUCCAUUUAAACAUUAAAUAUUAUGUCUUUGUAUUGUGUUCAGUUGAAUAUGGGUUGGAAAAGACAUGCAAAUGAUCAUAUUUUGCUUUUAUUUAUGUUUUACACAAUGUCCCAACUCCAUAUUGGGCUGUAGAGCGGUGUAGAUUAAGUUAAAUUUAUUUAGUAUAUCACCAAGUGGUUGUGAUUCAAGAAGCAAAUUUCUUAAAGGAGGAAUUUUUUGUUUUCUUUCUGUUCUACUAAUUGACCUGGUAUUUUUAUUGUUUAACCUAAAAUGAACUUGAUAUUAAAUUGUCGUUCUGGGAAAACAGCCAAAUUACUGUAAUAAAUAACACAAAAAAAUAAACAGCUGCUACGCUGCGAGUAUUUUCAUAAAUUAUAGCAUCAUGAACAUGAUGCAGCAUUAGUCUCUUUCACAGUUUCAGUCUUUUUCAGCCUCAUUUUCUGUUUUUAACACCACAGUGUCUCCAAAGCAUUGGAGAUUAUUCCUGGCCGGUUUUAUAAAAACAGAACCUUUUCUCUUAUUCUGAAUAAAGCAAGAGGGCAGAUUUUUCUCUUUUUGAAUCACUAAUAUCAAUAAAAUGCUUCAAGUAAUUACAAAAAUAAAUGUUUCUCUCUUCUCUGUUGUUUUAUUUGUCGUUCAUCCUUAUUGUUCCCACAUACUCACCAUAAUAUUCCUUUAACCAGUUCUAGAUGCACUUUGACUUAGCUAGCUAGCUUAGCAUAGCUUAGCUUUUGGGCUUGAGCUCCCAGGCAAAGUUGGUGUAAACUUGGUUAUUCUCUGUCUCUAGAUCAUUUAAAAUUUGUCUUACAAAAUUUUAAAGGAAUAAAUCAUCAGUUAAGGCCAAAAAGGUAUCAUAGUGACACAAAGGUUACAUUUCAUGGGUUCAACAUUUGAGAUAUUUUUGUUCUUUCCUCUUAAAAAUAAUUUAAAACAUUUAAUAAGUCAAGUUUUGAUUAGCAAACAUGCUAUAUAUCUAUUCCAAUGCCAGUUACUGACUUGAUUCAUGGCUGCCUGGCGCCGCUAAUAAAAUGGCUAGCGUUAGCUUUAACGAGGCUAACAACUAGCAUUGUCUCACAUUUCCCAAAUUAUAUAUUUAUGAUCCCAAAGACUAAUAGGAAAAUAUUCUGAGAACUAAUGAGUGACAAAUACCCAAAGCCCACUGACAUUUGUACUGGCCUAGUCAAAGUCUGGACAUAAAUUCAAUUGAGAUGCUGUGGUAGGACCUUAAUUAGGCUUUUGAUGGUUGAAAACUCAACAAUGUGGUUAAAUAAAUGCCAAAAAAAUACUUUUUUGCAGAGAUAUGUUGGUUUUCAUAGCUGUUUUCCAACAUUGUGUUGUUUUUAUUAACUCAGUUUAUCUUCAAAUGAUAUUUGCUUAAUGAUCUGAAACAGAAAACUAAAAUAUGAAGCAUUAAAUAGACUUUCAAAGUGAUGUGGUUGUUUAUUUUUAAUGAGCCAAACUAUAAUAGGAAAUAAUUCUCCUUUCAAUAAAUGAAAAUUCUUCUAAGCAUUAAUCUAAAAGUUUUUAUCACCCUCCAAACUUUGGUCAUAACUUUCUAAAUGUUUAUUGGUCCGCUAGUGUUUCUGAGAACUGAUUUUUGUUUAAAUA